AUGUUCAAGGCAGAGCCGGCUGCCAGCACUGACUUCCGAGAUGCAGAUGGCUACGACUUCGUGGGCGCCUGCUGCUCCUUGGAGUCCUGCGGGCUUCGGGACUUCCUUCCCUUCACAUGCCCUCAUUGCAGCCGCAGCUAUUGUCAAGACCACGUGGCCCCGGCCAAGCACGACUGUGGCCAAGCAACGCAGUCACAAGGUAUGGUCGCUACACUAUGCGUUCGCUGUGGGACCACGGUGAAGUGGGAAGAUGCGGCUUCAAGCGAGCAGGAGGCGAUGAAAGAACACCUGAAGGUGUGCAAGCCCUUGCCACAGACAGCCAAAGAGACAUGUCCUGCUGAAGGCUGCAAGACCAAGCUGAACACGAUGAAUUCGGUGGUGUGUCCGGAGUGCAAGGCCAAGGUCUGCUUGAAACACCGCUUCGAGGACCAGCAUCCGUGUCGUGAGAGCAAGAGGGAGUGGCUGUCGAGACUGUCAUCGGAUCGCCCAGAGACAGCUUUGCGACAUGGGGCUGCUCAAAACUGGGGCUCCGGUGUCACGGGCACGCGGAUUGCAGCACCGACACCUUGUGUGCGAGAAGCCUCAACGGGCUCGGAGGUUGUGGAAGCGAGGCGAUUGGUUCCCGAGGCGCCUGCUUCAAAGCUCCUAGAACUGCGGAGGGCUCUCGGCAAUUCGGAGGAGGCCGAGCUUUGCAUGUCGACCUUGCGAAAGUUGCUGUCCAACGUUGCGGCCGAUCCUCAGAAUCCCAAAUUCCGCAGCGUGAAGAGAGAGAACAAGGCUAUCCAGCAGAAAAUCCUUCAGGUACCUGGCGGGGAGGAGCUCAUGAAGGCCAUCGGCUUCGAGGAUGCGGGUGAGAUGCUUUCCUUGCCUGAGACGGUAGCCCCAAAGCGCAUCGAAGCUAUUUUGCAGCUCAUCUUGUCCUGA